GCCUGCAUUGAUGAAAAUUUGGACAUGGUGAAGUUUCUGGUGGAGAACAGAGCCAAUGUAAACCAGCAAGACAAUGAGGGAUGGACACCCCUUCAUGCAGCAGCUUCCUGUGGCUAUCUCAACAUAGCAGAGUAUUUCAUUAACCAUGGAGCCAGUGUGAGUAUUGUAAAUAGUGAAGGUGAAGUCCCCUCUGACCUUGCAGAAGAGCCAGCCAUGAAGGAUCUUCUUUUGGAGCAAGUAAAGAAGCAAGGAGUUGAUCUAGAGCAGUCAAGAAAGGAAGAAGAGCAACAAAUGUUGCAGGAUGCCCGACAGUGGCUCAACAGUGGGAAAAUAGAAGAUGUGAAGCAGGCUCGAUCUGGGGCCACAGCCCUGCAUGUGGCUGCUGCUAAGGGCUACUCUGAAGUCCUCAGACUUUUAAUUCAGGCUGGCUAUGAACUCAAUGUUCAGGAUCAUGAUGGCUGGACUCCUCUCCAUGCUGCUGCACACUGGGGAGUAAAGGAAGCUUGCUCCAUCCUGGCAGAAGCACUCUGCGACAUGGAUAUCCGGAACAAGCUGGGCCAGACACCAUUUGAUGUGGCUGAUGAGGGUCUUGUGGAGCAUUUGGAAAUGCUCCAGAAGAAGCAGAAUGUGCUUCGAAGUGAAAAGGAAACACGGAAUAAACUCAUUGAGUCAGACCUGAACAGCAAGUUACAGGGUGGAUUCUUCAAAAACAAAGAGAAGAUGCUUUAUGAGGAAGAGAUACCGAAGUCCCAGGAAAUGGAGGAAGAAAACAAAGAAUCCAGCAGCUCCAGUUCAGAGGAAGAGGAAGGUGAAGAUGAAGCUUCUGAGUCAGAAACUGAGAAGGAGGCAGAUAAAACGCCAGAAGCCACUGUCAACCAUUCCAAAUCUGAAAGCAAAAGUAGUGUCAUGGAACAGAUACCAGCACCAACUCAGAAUAUAUUCUCUGCCUCUUCUGCCAGGAGAUACUCUUCCAGCCUUUUUAACAAGCCGGAAGAGACCAAAGAUGAAUCUCCUUCUUCAUGGAGAUUGGGACUCAGAAAAACUGGCAGCCACAACAUGCUGAGUGAAGUCGCCAAUUCUAGGGAAGCUCUGAGGGACCGAGGUUCUUCCAUCUACCGUUCCUCGUCAAGCCCUCGGAUCUCUGCCCUGCUGGACAGCAAAGAUAAGGAAAGAGAAAACAAAAGCUAUUUUAGUUCACUAGCACCCCGGAGGCUCAGCAGCACAAAUGGCAUUGAAGAAAAGGAGAACAGAGAAUCAGCUGUUAAUCUAGUGAGAAGUGGCUCCUACACCCGGCAACUGUGGAGGGAUGAAGCAAAGGGAAAUGAAACCCCACAGAAAAUUGCUCCUUCCACCUAUGUAUCAACCUACUUGAAAAGUGCUUCAUUUGGUAGAAGUAGUGACCCCACAAGUCCCUACAUUUCAGCCAAUCGCAAUUCAUCUCCUGCUACCUCACCCAUUACCAUUGGUUCAUCUACCUCUCGGGGCAGCCAGUGGCAACCUGCCUCUUCUUGCCCUGCACCCAUCAGUGCAAACACUACUGCAUCUGUACAACAUGGCAGGUAAGGCUUCUUUGAGCCAUUUGAGUUGCAUUCAUCAAAGUUAAUGCUUUUGGAAACACAUACAAAAUUUGAACUAAAGAGACUUUGUCACUGUAGAAGCAAGUUUGAUUUCCUGUGAAAAUAUCUGCAGUUUAAUUGUUUUGACUUUUACUAGCCAGUCGACAGCUGCUGUUGAAUAACAGGAUGUAUAUAUCCUUGUACUUGGGAUUCAGGAGUCAAUUUAGCACAACUGCUUUCAUCAUUUUGCAAAACCUUACCAGUUGUGAUUACAAUGUAAGGAUCAGUUCUGCUUUGAUAAAUUAAGUGUUAAAAUAUUCCUAUAUUUGACUUAUAUUAACUCUGUAAUAGUUAUGAGUAGGAAUCUUGUGUAUCUAGUCAUCUUGGAAGAUGGCAUACAGUCUCAAAAGAGAAGGAAAGCUGAUCAUAUUCCAAAAGCUCCUACAGCCUUCUGAGAACUCCAGCCAACAGGGACACUGUGGGAAGGAAGAGAUUUGUGUGUGUCUAAACUGGGUUCUGGGGAAAACAUCUUCUUGGUUUCUGGUUCAUCUGAAGGAUUGCAUGGGCUGAGUUAUUAUGAAACUGCAGCCGGGCUUUAGCUGCACUUUUAACUGUCGUUUUUAACUCUUUUCAUGUGGUUGAGACCUUUUUGCUUUUGGGGUAUGGCUUUUGUAGGUCUUUCUCUACAUUUGACACCAAAAAAGAAAAAUGUUAAUGAUGAGAAUAUUGUUGCAAAAACACCAGUUAUAGUGAUGUUUGUCAGUUUACUAGAUUCUUUUCCUAAACAAGUAGUGAUCAUUAAUUUGGCCAGGAAGGACAGGUUUAUGACGUAUUACUAUUAACAUGACUACAUAAUUA